AAACAGUCGAAAACAGAAACAGUAGUGAACUAAAAGAGCAAAAGAUAACAACGAAAAUGUCUCUCCAUCCAUAUUUCUUCGACUAUGAUUUACCACGUUGGCCAAAACGCCUCAUCGACCAAAACUUUGGAUUGGCCUUAACGCCAGAAGACGUAACAUCUGCACCUACAGCCACAAGCCCUUUUCUAUCGAGACUAAGACCUUGGUGGCCUGAUGCAGCAUCGUCCAUUAAAGCUGACAAGGAUAAGUGGCAAAUCAACGUCGAUGUACAACACUUCGCCCCCGAUGAAAUCACCGUCAAAAUAGCUUCAGGCUACAUAGUUAUUGAAGGUAAACAUGAAGAGAAGAAAGACGAACAUGGCUUUAUCUCAAGACAGUUUGUCAGACGAUACAAACUGCCUGACGAUAUAAACGGGGACGCUGUGCAGUCCAGACUCUCAUCAGAUGGAGUACUAACAGUGGUUGCACCGAAGAAUGUUGAAAUUGCAAAAGGUGAACGCAUCGUGCCUAUUACACCCACUGGACCUAUAAGACAAGGAACUUCGGAUACAAAAGUAAGCGAGGAGAAGUGAAGUGAUUACAAAGAAGAUCGGACUCAAAACUAAGUGAGAAGUGAUAUUGGGUUAAUAACACUCAGUGUACAUUAUAUGUUUUAUUGCAUUUUAAAUUAUAUGUUACCUUAAACUAAA